UUUAGUGCUGUCCAGGAUGACCAACCGAGUGAAGAGAUCAAUGGCGUAACUCUUCAAUGGGUAGAAGAUCGCAUCCACGUUGUGACUGUUAAACCAAAGUCUCGAGCCGAACGUGCAGGUCUCUUUGUUGGCGAUGAAAUUCUCGAGGUUAAUGGUGUGACGAUAGAUAUCGGAUAUCCACCCGAAGCCGUGUCAAACUUACUCGCAGCGUCCGGGGCCGUAAAAAUAACCAUCCGUGAUGGUCCCACACAAUCGCUGACCAUAGAGAGAGGCCACGAGAGAGAGAGAAUUGGCAUUAGUUACGAUGGUGGCUUGGUCACCAGGACCGCGCCUGAUUCGCCGGCAACUCGACACCGCGUACCCACGGGUCUUGGCAUUGUAGAGGUGAAUGGCAAGUCUGUUAUGGGCAAGAGUGACAAGGAUAUCAUGCGCAAACUGGACAAGACUAAAGGAACUUUGAGUCUGACGCUUAUGGAUGGCGCCCUGUCAUCUGAGAUUAACCGAAACAUGUCGCCAAGACCCAAGGACGUCCGACGAGUGGGUACCCCUCCCGCCAUUCUGUCGCGAUCGUUUGAGGCUCUCAGACGAUUUAACUAGAUUUUGGCAUCUACUGCGUUAUCUUUUACCAAUAUACUUUGUAAGAUGUUGUUUUAGCACGGCUACUCUUGCUUAGUAUCGCCGUGUUGCUAUUGAGAAAGUGCGCAGUAUAUCCAAUUCUACCGAUAGUUUAAAGUUUGACACAAAUCGACAUUAUUGUUGUCCACACCCAAGGAAGUUGCCUGACAACAAAGCUCUAGUACAGUGUGUGGCUGGCUCCGUAGGAUGCUAACAACAAAGCGAUUGUGAGUAAAAAGCAUAUAUAUGUAUUCAACAACAGAAGACAGGUGACGUGCAAACCCGACCGUGAUUCACUGCACUUAUCUAUCGGAAACUUCUGUUGGUUUGCAUACUAUCGGUGGAAAGUUUCAUAUAGCGACCUCGCAGCCCCGAUUUGUAAAACAAAGGGUACAGCUACUACGACUCGACGUUCGAGCGGAGGUAUCUCAGUGCAAAUUGAGCAUAAAGGGGCAAGUAUCGAUUUUUUAGGAAAUAAACUCGUAAGCCCUAA